GGCCUCUCCGCCCACCAGCUGUUCGGUCUCGGCGAGGGCCUCACCUACAAUGACUUUCUCAUCCUGCCGGGGUUCAUUGACUUCCAGGCGGCGGACGUCAACAUUGGGACGCAGCUGACGAAGCGAAUUCGCCUGCAGGCGCCGGUGGUCAGUUCACCGAUGGACACCGUCACCGAGUCUGACAUGGCCAUCGCCAUGGCCCUCUCCGGGGGCAUCGGCAUCAUCCACCACAACUGCACCGUCGACUUCCAGGCGGCGGAGGUGGUGAAGGUGAAGAAGUACCGCCAUGGCUUCAUCCGCGACCCGGUGUGCCUCUCGGCGGAGCACACCGUUGCCGAUGUGAUCAGGGUAAAGGAGGCGCGCGGCUUCAGCGGCGUUCCCAUCACCUCUAACGGCCAGCUCGGCGGAAAGCUUCUUGGCAUCGUCACCAGCCGCGACAUUGACUUCAAGACGGCGGAGAUUGUCGGCAGUCCGCUGGGCGCCAUCAUGACGCCCGUCGGAGAGCUGGUCACCGCGCAGGAGGGCAUCAAGCUGGAGGAGGCCAUUGCCCUGCUGGAAAGCAAGAAGAAGGGCAAGCUGCCGAUCGUGGACGGAGAGGGCCGCCUGACGGCGCUGAUUGCCCGCGCCGAUGUGAAGAAGCAACGCGACUACCCGAACGCCUCCAAGGACGCCAACGACCAGCUGCUGGUGGGCGCGGCCAUCGGAACGCACGACGCCGACCGCGACCGCCUGGACCGGCUGGUGCGGGCGGGCGUCGACGUGGUGGUGUUGGACAGCAGUCAGGGCAACUCCAGCUACCAAAUUGAGAUGAUCCGCCACCUGAAGCGGACGUACACCGGCGACCGCGAGGUGCAGGUGAUUGCGGGGAACGUGGUGACGCAGGCCCAGGCGAAGAAUCUGAUUGAGGCGGGGGCGGACGGGCUGCGCGUCGGCAUGGGCAGCGGCUCCAUCUGCAUCACCCAGGAGGUGACCGCUUGUGGGCGGGCCCAGGCAACGGCCGUUUACAAGGUCUCCAACUACGCCCGUCGCCUGGGAGUCCCCACCAUCGCCGACGGCGGCAUCAACUCGGUGGGCCAUAUUCUGAAGGCGCUGGCGCUCGGGGCCAGCGCCUGCAUGAUGGGUUCGCUGCUGGCGGGCACGACUGAGGCGCCCGGCGAGUACUACCUCUCCAAUGGCGUUCGCGUGAAGAAGUACCGCGGAAUGGGCUCGAUUGACGCCAUGGAGUCCCGUCAUGGAGAUGGCUCCCGACAGCGCUACUUUCAGAGUGACACUGAGGAUGUGCGCGUGGCGCAGGGCGUCUCGGGGGCGAUCGUCGACAAGGGCUCAAUCUUUCGUUUUGUGCCCUACCUGGUGAACGGCAUUCGCUACGGCUGCCAGGACAUGGGCAUUCGCAGUCUGACGGAACUGCGCGAGAAGACCUACAAUGGCGUGCUCCGUUUUGAGAAGCGCACCGCCUCCGCCCAGAUUGAGGGCGGCGUCCACGGAUUGUACCUUUUUGAGAAGAAGCUCUACUAG